CACACACACACACACACACACACACACACACACACACACACACACACACACACACACACACACACACACACACACACACACACACACACACACACACACACACACACACACACACACGAUCAUGCAAAAUUUAAGGCUAGCCAAAUGACAUUUCGUGAAGCGCAGAUUUCGUGAUAAUUUUUAUUUUCCAAAUCAUUGUGUUCCUUAUGGAACAAGACCAUUAUAUAUACGUAUAUAAGUAACGUCCGCGAUGCGAUGGAGGGGAUAAGGUAUGACUCUAGCCAAGGCAGGGCGUGUGGCUGUGCUUGUAGCGACGGCUGCGGCUUCCCUUCUCCCUCACAGCUACAUCCCCCCUGGCGGCCGAGCUCAGCUUCAAAUAUUGGAGGAAGUGUUGCAAGGUCCCAUCAGGGGUCGCCCUAUAGUGUUGUACCUUGACCCAGCCACAGCCCUGCAGGUGAUGGCUCUGUCCGUCCUGCGGCGAGCGCCUUGUACUUUAGUCAGUCUUGAGACAAGCGGUGCAGAGUGGAGUCUGAGGCAGCCGAUAGCCAGCGUGCGAGCAGCCUCCGUGGUGCACGUGGCAGUCUUCAGUCGCGACCCGCGGCCUUUCUUCCGCGCAGUGGUCGCCUCUGACUCUCGCUGGAAUCCUAAGUAUCUUUUGCUCUUCAGUCUUUCUCGUGAAAAUUUUGUGGGUAUUCUUGAGGUAGAAGAAUUUGGCAGACCGCAGACAAUAGUUUUGUUCCAGAGGGUACACUCGGAGAGCGACAAAUUAGUUACAGGAAAAAUGGAGAUGUUGACAUUCUUUCCAUUUUCUUUGGGACGACAAGUCAAAUCUCUUGGCGUCUGGACGUCGAUAUCAGAUAGUAUAUUUGUUGACCGAUUUCCAAGUUUUGAGGGAUAUAUGUUUUUGUUAGGCACCUGGUUUGAUGACUUCCCUUACCUACACCAAGCCAAGGAGAAGGAAGAAGGGGUCGGGGAUGGGGUGGAGGUUGAAGCUUUAUCCGCCCUCGCCUCAGUCUUGAACUUCACCUUCCACCUAACCACGGAACCGCCUGAUGACAAGUGGGGCGCCCUCGAAAAUGGCUCCUGGACGGGCAUGCUUGGGAUGGUGCACCGGAAAGAGAAAAACUUUACCGUGAAUUACUUUGGGUACACCUACGAGAGAAUUGAAGCCUUUGACGCAACUGUGUCUUAUUGGAUGGAAGGCUUCGGCAUGGCGCUGCUCAAACCCCCGCCGAUGGCCAAGUGGCGCAGUGUAUACUAUCCAUUUCCUCCUAAACUGUGGGCAGCAACCGCCGCCUCUCUCGUCAUUGCCAUAGUCGUGGUGUACCUUCAGAACCUCACAGAAAUUGAGUUUGUGGAAUGCAGCAGCCCCUCUUCCUGGCUAAACGCGCUGCGCCCUCUAGUUAACCAUGCACUGCCUCACCUGCCCAAAGCACAAGGAAAGCGAAUAUUCGUGGUGUCUUGGUGGCUGGGAUGCUUCAUCCUCACCACGGCCUACACAGCGAACCUCAUUGCUUUCAUCACCAUCCCUGCCUAUCCCGAGCGCCUGCAGACAGUAGAGCAGCUAGCCCAGAGCCCCUACAGGAUGUCCAUGUUCGAUUACGGAGAGUUUGUACCAGGCGCGCUCAAGUCCUCCAAAGACCCCCACUACCGCUCCUUGGGGAAAAAGCUGGACUUGUAUCCCACCUACGACGAGGCUAUUUACGCCGUGGUCAACGGAACACACGCUUACAUUGAAAGCUUCUCCUACAACCGUAUUUUGCUUUUUGAUACAUAUAAGAUGCGUAACACUUUCCUGCUCCGGGAGCAGUUGUACCCAGGACACCUGUGCUGGUACUUCCAGAAGAACACGGCAUGGAAAUAUAAGUUUGAUUGGGGCAUCCAGCGUCUGGUGGAGGCUGGCCUGAUAGCACACUGGAUCAAGAUCAAGACAGAAGAUUUCAUGGGCAUCGACUACGAACGCAGGCUGCACUUGGAGGAAAGAGAGGUGCAGCCGUCCACAAUCCUGACGCUGCAACACACCCAGGGUCUGUUCUUCGUGCUGGUGCUAGGUUGGCUACUCAGCGCACUCAGUCUGGCGAUGGAGUGGCUUCAAUCUAGUCGCUUCUUCAACAAAAGUUUGCAAUUAAUAAACUGGGAGGGUCCGGUGCUGUCUAUUUAGUUAUUCAUUUAAUUUAUCCACAAAUUUAUUUGCUAUUUUUAUGUGUUAGGAAACUGACCAAAAAAAAAAAAAAAUAUAUAAAAAAAAUGUUAGCAUUGAGUUACAUCCUCCUCGAAAAAAAAAAGAAAAAAAAUCAUAAAGGAUUAAAGGUACAAUUACCAUUUUAUUUUACCAAAUACGUGUCAAAAUAUGGUUAUUCCUUAGAAAAAACGUUCUUUUAUACAAAGCUGUGGAAAAUAUUUAAACGCACUACAACUGAAAUUUAUUGCACCUACGUAUUGCUCAUCUUUGAUAAGCUAAAGCAUUUAAUUUGUCAGUGACGAGUCAGGCUGCAGCUUUGGAAUAACCGUUGACUGCUCGAAAGUCUACAUAUACUAUGUUGACCACGUUCUAAAGCAGAUAGUUGUACGGUAUUAUUUAAUCAGUUUUAGAGAACUGAACAUGAAAACUUCAUAGUUUAAACCCUUCGUUAUUUAAAGGUACCCUCACUAGUAUUGUAUAACGCUUAUUUACUUCUAGUCAUAUAUGAAGAAAAUCACUUAAAAUUAUCUCACAUGACAAAUGUUUUUAAAUUAUUUACCUAGACGCACCUUUUAAGGCUCUCGUACACGCAGCGAUCUGGCCUUGAGAUUAGCGGACAGAUCUUCCCGAAUCCGACCAGAUUGGAACGUGUAUAGGUUGUGAUCUAUCCAAGGUCCAUCUAGACUGGUCAGCCAGCCGAGCGGGCCUAGCGUGGGGGAGGAGAGGUGAUGACGUCAUCCAUGCCACACUUCCCGCGCCACCCCUGCUCAGUGCUCACUGACAGCUGACUUUUGGCGGGACAUUCGGGCACUUUGGCCUGACGCUUGAAGUUUCCUGUUGUUUACAUAUUACUUGUGGACACUGGGCUAGCUGGAGUGUUCAUCAAACUCUCCACAGUGCUGUAAACAACUAAACAUGCCGAACAAUUGCUCAGUGUUUGGAUGCAAUAACACGAAAAGAAAAACAGCAGGUUGUAUUUCAAGUUUCCCAAGGAAAAAACUCGCAGACAGCAGUGGAUUCAAGCUUGUUCCCGAGGUGAUGUGUUCAAUGUAGACAAUGCAGUGAUAUGUUCCAUGCAUUUUACAAGUUCUGACUACAAGAAUGUUUUAAAGCAUCGUCUCUUAGGCACUGAGGCACCCAAGAGUUACAGGCCACUGACAGAUACCACAGUUCCAUCCCUUAAUUUACUUCAAGGUAAAAGUGUAACGGCAAGAUGCAGUGAGAGGUCUGGCAGGGCAGAAAAACGUAGACGCAAAAGAAAUGUGCACGAAAUAUGAAUAUGAAUCAAUAUUCAGCAUAUGAAAUAUGCUGAAUAUGAAUCAAGAAUCGGGAGAGGGAACAACAGUGAUGCACUGCCAGCUAGCGCAACUGAAAAAUCUACAAAAGCAACAAGUAGUAGGGAAACAAGCUUAUAAGAUGUGUUGGCUGAUCCUGCCAAUGUAAUAAAUGGAAGUGAUCAAUAUGAAAAAGAAGAGGGCACAAGUGAUGUGAGUGGCAGCAAUGUCAGCGAACUGUUGCUUCGGAAAAUUCAGCAGCUGGAAAAUGAGAAUAAAGAUCUGAAAAAAAAAAAAACAAUGUUGCUUUGAAAGAAAAAAAAAACAUAUCUGAUGCAUCAGUAAACGAAAGUGAAGUGCAUUGUAUCACUGAAAAUAUUUUAAAACCCAUUUUCAGCAAAACACAUAUUAAUGCCAUCAUAAGUAAGAAAUAUGUUAGACACUGGGCAGAUGAAGACAUAUCAACGGCAUUAACUCUGAGAAGCAUGAGUCCCAAAUGUUAUGAAUAUCUGAGAACUAAGAAGGGCAUUCCUUUGCCUUCUAAGUCAACAUUAAAUGAACGAGCCAAGAAUUUUGAUUGUGAACCUGGCAUUCUGUUGACAAAUAAAACUAAACUUGAGAAAAGGGAAAAUGAAGUUUCAUGUUUUGAUGAGUGGCAGUUGGCAUCAGAACUGUAAAUUAUUAGUCUCUGCUUCAAAGAUUUGGAUGUUGGGCCUGAUGUAAAUUAUGAGUAUGAUAACAUUGAUGAAAACCUAAGAGACUGUGUAAUCUCAGGUUCUAAUCCACAGAAAGCAAUCCACGUAGUUAUAGAAGAAGAAUCUCUCAAAUACAUUGGUGGUUAUAUUGUUAAAAAAAAAAAACACACAAAAUAUCCUCACUUAGACCACAAAGCAAGUGACUGUAGGCCUACUGCCAUGGCUAAAACAUGGAUUGAUGAAGUAAACAGAGGUGGAUUGUAUGCUCCUGCUGACACCUUUUCCCAGUUAACAACUAUGAGAGAAACAUUUAAAUACACGGUGACAGUUUCAAGGAAGGAAAAUAGUGCUUCAAAACACUUGUUCGUGAAUUAGAAAAUGUUGGACUUGAUGUACCUCAUGUCAUAUCAUUUUUUUGCCAAAAUAUCUGUGUACUUUAGAAUUAGGAAUCUAAAUAAUAACAUUAAGACAAAUAAGAAAAAAAAACAUAAGUCAUACAAAGGUCAAAACAGAAAGCUAAUGAAACUGACCAGGUGAAUGAUAUGUAGUUUUUUUUUUUUUUUUUCACUAAGACUAUAUUACCUGUUUUCCUUUGUUGUUUAUGUUA